AGUGAAAAACUCAAUUUCCCAGGAUUCUUCCCCAGUCUCUGCGUGACAUCAUAACAGAGCGACGCCAUACUUGAUUCACGUUCGGAUAUCGUUUAGUGUGGCGUUUCAUUGAGUUAAGACAGAUCAGAGCGCAAGUAAACAGAGAUGGCAGACAAUCAGGAAAUGUCUCCUCUGGAGAAGAAGGUGGCAGAACAGAUUGAGUACUAUUUUGGAGACCACAAUCUCCCCCGAGACAAGUUUCUGAAGGAGCAGAUGCAGUUAGAUGAUGGCUGGGUCACUCUGGAGACAAUGCUGAAAUUUAACAGACUAAAGAGUCUCGUGUCAGACGAAGCCGUCAUUGUUGAGGCGCUACAGAAAUCUAAAACGGGUCUGCUGGAGAUCAGCGAGGACAAAACCAAAAUAAGGCGAAACCCGAAUAAACCUCUUCCAGAGAACAAUGAGGAAUACAGGGAUGCGCUCAAACACAAAUCCAUCUACAUGAAAGGUUUUCCUCUUGAAACUACAUUGGAUGAGGUGAAAGAGUGGCUCGCUGAUAAAGGCACAGUUGAGAACAUCUAUAUGAGGAAAGGACCCCAGAAGACUUUCAAAGGAUCAAUCUUUGCGGUUCUAGAAUCUGAAGAUGCUGCCAAGGCUUUUGUCGAACGUGCUGAUGUGAAGGAGUACAAGGGGAACGAGAUGAUCGUCAUGAUGAAAGAGGCAUACUUUUCUAAAAAGUUGGCAGAGAGGAAGCAAAAUCGCGUAGAAGCAAAAGCUAAAGCAAAAAGUGAAAAGGAGGAUAAGCAGAAACAAGCUGAAGAACAAGAGCUGAAAUCCCUGGAUGAUCAGAGAGGCUGUCUGCUGAAGUUCUCCGGUGAAUUGGGUCAGACAUCGAGAGAAGAUUUCCACGAGGUCUUCUCUGGUCAUGCUCAGAUCAAAUGGAUUGAUUUCACCAGAGGAGCAAAAGAGGGCACCAUCCUGUUUCACUCAAACGCCCAAGAGGCCCUGCAAAAAGUCCGCGAGGCUAAGGGAGGGGAGGAUCCUAAGGUUAAAGACCAGGUUGUUCAGUGGGAGAUACUUGAGGGAGACGCAGAGAUGGAGAUGCUGAAGAAAAUCAUCGAGGAUCAGCAGGAGUCCAUUAACAGACGCAAAGGAGGCAGAGGAGGUCACAGGGGUCGUGGAAGAGGCAGGGGAGGCCGCAGAGACCGAGGAGGAAGAGAACAGACCCAGUUCAGGGGAAAGAAGACCAAGUUUGAAAGUGAUGAAGAGGGCGAUGAAGAACCUGCCAGUCCAAAGAAGAGACCUCUUGAUUCUAAUGGACAAGAUAAUGAAGAACCGGUUUCCAAACAAGCAAAAAGCGAGAAUGGUUCUUAAGGGCAAGGAGCCGUGGCCUUACUUUUGUACUGUAGAUGUUCGUAAAAUCAAAAGACCUUGAAAAUGCAUUCUCAGACUCUACUUUCUGUGUCAAAGGCUAAAAGCUGCUCAAAAGCUUGACGCCACACUUUAUCCCUAAACAAAAAAAAAAAAAAGGCAUCAUGCAUCAAGCUCUUAUGAAAUUCUUUUCUUAGAACAAACAUACUUGAUGCCUGGAUGCUGUUUAUUUAUUUGCCAUAUACACACUUAUGAUGUUGGUAUGAUUUAAGAUCCCAUCUACAGCUUUAUAAAUGUGUUGUUUUCAAAGUCUAUACAGCUUAAACAGUUUGCUGGUAGCACUUGUAUAACUAUUGACAUCUUUAUGCGUUCUUUCAUUCCUAGAGCGGUGACAGUCUGCUUAUUCUGCACCGAUUGUUUUCAGCUUUAUCAAAGGAGCUGAUUAUUGGUUCUAACAGCGUUUGUAUGCAAUACUGUAUUAUUGUAGAAAUGUUUGAGGCCUAUAAGUGAGCUUGUUAAGGUUUUGGAAAUGUUUGGAAUUUUUAGUCUUAAGCCAGUGUCCAACCCCCCCUCCCAUUAACAAAAAAAUAUUUUUCACCUGGUAGAAUAUUCCAUUGGUUUUGUCACUUGCACAAACAUAAGAUAAGUGUGAGGUAUCCUUAUUUCAUUUUAUAUGUUGCUGUAAAGAUGCUUCAAGUGGUUAGAGGCAUAUAUGUCUGAAGAGUUAUCAUUAAGAGUACUUAAUUUUGACUGAAGAUUUUUUUUAAAUCACCUUUUCUUUAUUACAGCAACAGAAACAUGUCUCUUAAUCUAAAGUGCUGUUUUAGAUGACAUGCUUCAUAUUUACCCCUUCAGGGCUUCAACAGGCAUUCAUUGUUUUGUUUUUCCCUUGUUUUUUACUGUAUCUCAUGUGUUGAGAUGAAUAUUACAUACAUUUAGAAUUUCAAUAAAGAUCUUGAAAAAUAGUAA